CUCACACACACACACACACACACACACACAGGCGAAGUGCGGCGCUAGUGUUGACGGUCCGUGAGUGGAUUCUGCUUGAAUAAUAUUCCUGACCUACAUCUCUGAGACAGGCCUGCACAUCUGCGCAAACAUUUUGGUCGAAACAGCGAGCGCGCGGAACGAAACGGCAGGCAGGAUGAGCAAAGUCCAGGGCGGCAUGAAAUGUGUCAAAUACCUGCUGUUGGUCUUCAACUUCAUAUUCUGGCUGUCGGGCUCACUGGUGUUGGCUGUAGGAUUAUGGUUGAGGUUUGACCCAGACACGGCCAACCUCUUAGCUGAAAAUGAUGCCCCUGAGCACUUCUUCAUUGCGGUGUACAUCCUGAUCGGAGCGGGAGGCGUCAUGAUGUUGGUGGGAUUCUUCGGCUGCUUUGGGGCCGUGAGGGAGUCACAGUGUCUUCUGGGAUCGUUCUUCGCUUGCCUUCUUGUAAUUUUUGGCGCAGAGGUUGCUGCUGGAGUCUUUGGUUUUCUAAAUAAGGAUAAGAUCAUUCAAGAUGUCCAAAACUAUUACCAGUCUUCUAUGAAAAAUGACAAUGGGACUGCUAUUGUAACCAUGUAUCACAAUGUGCUUGAAUGCUGCGGGUCUGAGUCCUCUCCCUCUUCUGGACUGUGCACUGCUGAAGGUCCUGUCAUGGAUUGUAACACAGCUAUAGAAGAGUUCUUCAACGAAAAACUCUUCAUAAUCGGAUAUGUUGGCAUCGGCAUUGCUGGAAUUAUGAUAAUUGGCAUGAUCUUCAGCAUGGUUCUAUGCUGCGCCAUUCGGAACAGCAGAGAAGUUAUUUAGGAUCUUCGCGGUUCCACUCUCACUCAGUUGGACUGUUUCAAAGCCCGCCAUCUUUGACCUCAUCAGACCAUCACAUUCAGGCUCGGGAAGCGGGUGGAGGAGCUCCCAUGAGGCAGUGUGGGUCUUGUGGUACUGUUUCGUGAACAGCGAUUGUUUCUGUCUUUUGUUACUUGCGUUGUUUGAUGAUGACCUCCACUGCAUGGACUGCUACUGUAACCGCAUUAACCUUUACAUUUAUUUUGUCUUUAAUUAUUUAUUACUGAAUCACCAUCACAAGGGGAAACUUCACAGUGUACAUCUUGCUUUUAUUCAAACUUGAUCUCCUCUAAUAGAGUCUUCAGUUCAGACUUUCACAGUGAACUGGACAUUUACUUGCUGAUGUAAAUAAGCUCUCUGCUGCCUCACUGAUUUAAAAAAAAACUACUUUUCAUGUUUUUUUUUUUAAUGCUAUUUAUUGUGUGAACUAGACCAGGUUUUUGUGCUAAUUGAUAAUGGGUCAUGUUUAUUGUGUUUUGCUGGUUAUUAGUAUUUGGUUAUUGGACUUUUGCCACAUCAUAAAGAUACUGAAUGAAGCUGAUAAGUGGAUUGAGUCAACAAAGUCAACACAAACUCAAAAUCAAUUUAAUUUCAUAACAUUUCAAGGUUCAUCAGUGCAUGGUUUUCCAAACGAAACAAUGAGCUUCAUAAUUUUAUCAAAACUUAACUUGCUCUUUCUUUGAAACAACUUUUUGACCUCGCACCUAUGUGCUAUCGGUUAAUGUUAACCAAAAAAAACCCACCACUGUUAAGGCUACUAUCAUAGGCCAGAUUUUUUUUAAAUAUUGCCAGUAGUAUCUUAAUGUUGAUUAAUAGUAAUAACAAUUACAGCAAUAAUAGCAAAUAGAGUUGAAAAACUGUUACUGCUGAGAGGAAGCUCAACUUUCGACCUCCAUUUUCCAGACAAUAAAAACCUUAAAAUUGUUUGAUUCAUGUUGACUUUUUCUAAGUGUCACUGGUUUAAUCUUGUUUUUAUUUUUUGAAUCUGGUUAAUGCAGAUUACUUUCCUUACUUGGCUGAUUUUGAAUCUGUAAAGUUCAAACCCCAGUUUUUAGGGAGAUCAACAAAUGUCAUUUGCAAUACCACUGUAAAAUUGCAAAAACAUCUGAAGUAAUUUUUAAACCAUUUCCUCUUUUUUCUAACUUUUGCUUUGGCAGGUCCGUUCAGGAAUGUGACCCACUAGUUUUGUUCUAUGUGCCUUUAUAACAGACAAAGCUGCAUCAUAAACAUGUUUGCAAUUACAAUAAGAGCAAUGUAGUUGCUCUUAACGUGAAGUAGUUUUUUUUUUUUACUGUUUCAUAGCAUCGUGUUGCAUGUAAAUGGCUUUGAAAUAAGAAACUAUGGUCACCGGGCAUGAAAGCCUGAGCAACAUUAAAACAGCGCUCACACAAAUAAAACAUUUGAUUUUUUAUUCAUUUUUGUAAUGUUGAAGUAGACCAUUGCAUUAAACAGAAAUUAAUACA